ACAUAGGUAUAGCCUAUAAUCUAUAUGCGAGUAACACUCCAAAAACGCUCAGGUGGCGGUGCCCAACUCAUACGCAAAUUGGAUUCCUUUAGAACCUCUGGAAUCUGGAACCUCUCAUAUGUCAUACGCAUAGCUCGAAUUGCAGAAGCUCGUUCCAGGGUUUUGAAGAGACAUGGCAAAUCAGGGUGCUAAGAAGAGAAAGGAAGAGAAUGCCCGUCAUAUGUCAAAACUUCUUCGUCUUAUAAUUGGGUGUAAUGUUGUCUACAUCUUGGUGAGGAUGAUUAUUUAUCAUUCGUCUUUCACAUGGAAACAUUGGGUUGGCUUGGUGUUGACAUCUUUGGCCUAUGCAGCUCCUUAUAAACAACUUGCUAGUAUGGCUAAACCAACCUACACAGAUGAUGGCGAGCUCAUUGAUGGUGGGUUUGAUAUGAGUACCACAGGAGUUUGUGGGUAUUUGCAUGACAUAAUCUACAUUACAAGUUUUGUACAGCUUGCCUCACUCAUCUCCGACAAAUUUUGGUAUACGUACUUAGCGAUACCUGCAUACGCAGUCUAUCAAGCUUCUGGCUUCAUCAAAGGCUUCCUGUCAAGUGAUUCUGAGGGAAUGGAGGAGGAUGAAAAGACUCGUAAGAAAAGGGAAAAGAUGGAAAAGAAAGCUUCAAGACCCAAAUUUGUUAAAACAAGAACCAGAUAGGUUUUUCGAGUUACUAUGUUAAUGUUCGGGUACAAACCGAAGUUUAAGUAAGGUCUGUAUGCUGUAGACAAUUUUAGUUUUCUCAUCCGGGAUAGAUUUAGAAUUGAACUUGUUAAUUUGUUGUAUUUUCUUCCUCUAUACGAUAAACCGAAAAUUCCUAGA